AUGUCCAACGCCACCCCCGGUACAAAUGCAAUGGCGACAGCGACAAACGGCGUAUUUUCGCUUGAAAAUAUUCUUGGUGCCAACCACGAGUCGUUAGAGCACCCCGGCAUCAAUGGUUCAUCGGCUGCCGGCUGGGAUGAAGAGACCCCCGAGAAGCCUCCAGCAGAAGGUUUUUGUAUCGAAUGCGAAGACCAGCCGGCACAGGUCCUAUGCAUAACGUGCACCGACGCAUAUUGUGAAGUCUGCUUUGCUGCCCAGCAUCGAAAGGGAACCCGGAAAUCACACAUGUUCAAACAACUAGAGGGCCCAGAAAAGAGUAAAGCAGAGCCGACGAGCAAUGGGUCGACAUCAAUGGACGUCGAUGGGGAUGCUGCCGACUCUGAUGAUGAUGACUGGGAACGGGUGACGGCUGGCCCUGCUCCCCUGCUGCUGGAUGCUCAACCUGGAGCGGGCGAAAAAAGCGGGGAAUGGUUCGUCGAACGUUCAAAGUUCAUUCCCCUCCGUCUUAGCCUGGCAGAACGCAAAUAUCUACGUCUCCUGGAAGCUGCGCUGUCAGUAUCAGAGUACACGGACAAGAUUGAUACCAUCAGUUUUGGCCAGUCGAAGUCGAAAAGAAUCGUCAACCAGAUCCGCGAGUUGUGUGCUAUAAUGUCCGGACUUCUACUUUCUGCAGACUACAAGCAAGGGCAGGAACUAUUCCAGGACCGCGAUUUUGAAGCCAAUGCUACGUUCUAUCAAACCGUUUUCGAACUCGGCCGGAGGCACAAGAUCAUGAAUCCCGAUAAGAUGCGGACGACCUACGGAAAGCUCAUUUAUCUCCUUCAGGAUAGUCAGUCUCCAGAGGUCAAGGAUAUGCUUAGCUUCUCCUGUGUAAAGCCUAUCAAGACCGUCUAUACAGUGCUAGAGGAGGUCGGCGCCUUAGAUCUUUUGCGAGAUGACCUCGUCCCAGUGGCGACCAAAGAAAUCUACGCUGAAGGUCGGCCACGACGUGACGUCCAAAAAGACAUUAAAAGAAAAGAGCGUGCCAUCGAAACUCUCGCGUCUCGUUACGUACGAAACGGUCUAUCGCAAGAGAACGUACGACAAUGUCUGUACAGUAUCGGUGACAAUCACGCGUUUUUACGCGCUAACCGCGAUCCAUGCGAACGUAUGAUUACGUACCUCAAGCAGUACUUUCACCCCACACAAGCGAAGGACAAUAAGACCAGUCUGGCUAUCCGCUCUGGUCGCGAAGGAGCGAGAUUAUCGCAUGAUCAUAGUAAGCAGUAUGCAUAUGUACUGCAGAGCCUUACGCUAUGGAAGGAAAUUCUUCACGACAUGUUCCAUCUUUGGUCCCUGGCCGAGCAGGAUCUGCUCUCGGAGAACAUUCCUUACCGUUUACGCGACACUGGCCAAGGACUUAACCGUGUCCAGGCAUGUCCAAAAACGUCUCGAAUGAUGCAUAGCAUUCUCCACAAGGCCCAGAAAAGCGUCGGUACAUGGAUAGGUUCCAGUGUGGUCCACAUGGGUGAUCACAAUGUCCCGAACGCUCUCCUCUUCAUAGACAAAUACACUCAGAUCUACCGCAUUCUUCUUCCUAUUUGUAAUACCCUACAACAGAUACCCACCAUAGAAGCCAAACCCGCCCUCCGCUCAUACAUCGACGAUGAGUUUGGGUCGACAGACAACCUCAUCCUUGAGAUAUUAGGAGACUUUUUCCGGCACGGUUUUGAUGGAUCCGGGGCCGAUAAUUUCUUUGAUGCCGGAAGUUGUAUAGAUGGGAGAUUGACGAGCGCGUGGAAUUGGUGCUCGACUCUGGAAAAGAAAAGAUAUUUCCCGGUAUUUUUGCUUUCCGGAUUCAUCGGGUUUGACGGUGAAUGGUAA